AAGAUCAAUUUAAUCACCUCUACAGAAUCCAUUCUUUCUUUGAUCACAUUUUCUAAGCUCUUAAAUCAUCAUCAUAAUCAUGGGUGUGUUCACUUAUGAAACUGAGUUCACCUCUGUCAUCCCACCACCAAGAUUGUUCAAGGCCUUUGUUCUUGAUGCCGACAACCUCAUCCCGAAGAUUGCCUCACAAGCAAUCAAAAGCUCAGAAAUUGUUCAAGGAGAUGGAGGGGUAGGAACCAUCAAGAAGAUUACCCUUGGUGAAGGAAGCCAAUACAGCUAUGUGAAGCAUCAGAUUGACAGCAUUGACAAAGAAAACUUUGUCUACAGCUACAGUUUGAUUGAAGGAGAUGCUAUAUCUGAAACCAUUGAGAAAGUCUGUUAUGAGAUUAAGUUGGUGGCAUCUGCUGAUGGAGGUUCCAUCAUAAAGAACACCAGCAACUACCACACAAAGGGAGAUGUUGAGAUCAAGGAAGAGCAAGUUAAGGCUGGCAAAGAGAGAGCCUCUGGUUUGUUCAAGCUUAUUGAAAACCACCUUGUGGCCAACCCAGAUGCCUACAACUAAAAUGUUCUUCAUGUGAUAAUGUAGCAUGUUAAAGAGAGUCUUUAGUUCCUACUUCCAGAGUCAUCAUCAUUCAAUGAGGUUGUUAUCCUUUUUCUUUUCUUUCCUUGUUGUGUCUGGCCUUUUGCUAUAUCAAAGUGUGAAUGCUGUAUUUUUUUCAUCCUCUAAUAAAUAAAAUGAAUAUCAUUUUAUGUUCUUA